UCAGUUUCGUUGGUGUGUUGUGUCGUGUAACGUGUUCUCUCUUUCUCUCUUUUUUCUCUCUUCUCCUGUCUCUCUUCCUCUCUCUCUGUCUCUCUCUCUCUCGGUUGCUCUCCCUCCCCGUCCACCUUUCCAACCCCCUUUCUCCCUGAUUUUUCGUUACCGCUACGGGAGAGCCGCCGGUGUACCGCGAGUGACAAGGGAAUAAUCGUACACCCGCGAUCCUUUUUUUCCACCUGGACCACGGAUCCGUUAACCCUUCCAAACAAUCGGAUCGGACCGAUCGAAGCCCCGAUCGAGGAGGGGAGCAGGUUCAACCGUGCGAGUCGAUUUGGAUCUGUCAAACGCUUGGAUCCGUUGACAGCGUUUGCCCCGGGCUCGGGCAGACUUCCAGGCUCUACUGGAAUGGCCAGAACACAGUGCGUGACGUUAAUUGUCUAAGAAAUCGAAUCCAUGUGCGUUCUGACGAUGAGGGACUCGGAUAAACUCGAGUGAUCCGAGGACCAGUGAAGUGUUGAACGAUCGAGACGAUAGUGUUCGAUAGUGUAAGGAUUGAUAGUGUCGAUCUCUGAACUCCCGGAGGGAGUAACCGUGCGUGGUGACGGGGUUGAAACUUUCGUGGAAUUCUGUCCGGGUAAAAGUAAGUACGACCCGUGGUCGUACUUGGCAGGAAGGCUUCAAGAUUGCUCGAAAGUCGUCGAAAGAGGUGCGCAGGGCUGGAAGAGCGAUGGAAAUCGGGGGUGCAGCGAUGCAGAGGAUGGCCGCUGCCGGAGGGCCCGGGCCCCUCAGCCUUCAGGGCCCUCCAAGGUCAGUGAAAAUCUCACCCGUUAACAUACAGGACGAACCCGGUGACCUCACUUCCCAAAAGAGUACAAGCUCGCACUGUGUGGGAUGCGGUGGACGAAUACAUGACCAGUGGAUUUUGCGGGUUGCACCAAAUCUGGAAUGGCACGCCGCUUGUUUGAAAUGUGCGGAGUGCCAACAAUUUUUGGACGAACACUGCACCUGUUUUGUUCGGGAUGGAAAAACUUACUGCAAACGAGACUAUGUCAGGUUGUUCGGGACGAAGUGCGACAAGUGUAGUGAGUGUUUCAGUAAGGACGAUUACGUGAUGAGAGCAAAAAGCAAAAUUUAUCACAUAAAGUGCUUCCGAUGUUCGGCUUGCAUGAGGCAAUUGGUACCUGGCGACGAAUUUGCCUUGAGACAAGAUGGCCUCUUCUGUAGACACGACCACGAUGUUCUCGAGGGUGGAAAACUCUGUUCCGGACCUGGUGGUGUUCCGGGAAGUGAAAACAACAACAACGCAUCCCUUAUGAAUAAUAAUCAUCAUCUGCACCCGAACGACGGCUCGAUAUCAGAUUCCGGAUCCGAAAGUGGAUCGCAUAAAGCAGGCGUGGGUGGCACUCGAGGAUCGGGCGGCCAUAAAAGCGGUGGCGGCUCUGACGGAAAACCGACCAGGGUUCGCACUGUUUUGAACGAGAAGCAGCUUCACACUUUGAGAACUUGUUACGCCGCCAAUCCACGACCGGAUGCGUUGAUGAAGGAACAAUUGGUCGAAAUGACUGGCCUCAGCCCCAGAGUAAUUAGGGUAUGGUUCCAAAAUAAACGAUGCAAGGAUAAGAAAAAAACGAUCGCUAUGAAGCAGCAGAUGCAGGAAAAGGAUGGCCGUAAAUUAGGCUUCGGUGGAAUGCACGGAAUUCCUAUGGUGGCCAGUAGUCCAGUGCGACACGAGAGCUCCAUAGGAAUGACGCCACUCGAAGUGCAAGCUUAUCAGCCACCCUGGAAAGCUCUUUCUGACUUUGCUCUUCAUACUGAUCUGGAUAGGCUAGAUCCCAACACGCCUUCUUUUCAUCAUUUAGUGUCACAGAUGCACGGUUACGAUCUCCAUAGCGGUCCGCCGCAACUACCACCGCCGGGUAUGCUCGGUGGUCCAAUGAACGACGGUGGAGGCGGCGGGGGUGGUGGUCCUCUUCCACCCCCGGGUCCACACCACCCCAGCAGCGGUGGUCCAGACAUGGGCCAACAUCCCGACAGCACGGAUAGCUAUGUAACUUAUCUCGAAAGUGACAGUGACUCCCUUCAUCACGAUACAGGAAGUCCAUAGUGUUGUGCGGUGUGGCCAGAACGAAAGUGUCCGCUUUCUUCGUGGUCUUCUUUCAAUAAGUGCUUGAAGAGAAUAGUAAUUUGCGAGAACAUGUAGGGGGUGCAAAAAGAACAGUCCGAAGAAUCACUGAAUAUCUCGAGGAAUAGCUUGACCUUUUUUGCGCUUGAUCGAGUGUCUUUUCCUUUGUUCUGAUCGAGCGGUCUAAUAAACUGGAUUUGUGCCAUAAAACCGAUUGAUUUCAUUUCAAAUGUUCCGAUAGGUUUAAUUCGAUUUUAGGAAGUACAGGGUGAAUCGCCUGUGUGCCUAAGUUUUGUGAAAUUAUAUUAGAUAUCAAGGUUGCUUGCUUUAUUGAACGCGUUCGUUUUUGGCGCGCGUGUUUUUUCACACCUCUGAAACCGAACGCGUCAAUCGGCGAUAUCUUGAUUGUUAUUCACUUUUCGACACAUGUUCCUUAAUACUUUUUUACUCUAUAUUGAAGGCUCUUUCGAACUGCAUAAUUAAAUUUGGGUCAUUACUACGAAAAAAUUUGAUGAUAAUGAACUGAUUAUUGUAAUUUCUUUUUAAUUCGAUAUCUCGAUUGUUAUUCACUUUUCGACCCAUGUUCCUUAAUACUUUUUUACUCUAUAUUGAAAGCUCCUUCGAACUGCAUAAUUAAAUUUUGGUCAUUACUACUAAAAAAUUUGCUGAAGAUAAACAAUGACCUGAUUAUUGUACUUUAUGUUUUUCUUUUUAAUUCUGUACAUUUUUCUUGGAACAUCUGUGUAAUAAAAUUAACGUGGCACAUUUAGGGGAUCACCCUAUAGAUUAUACCAUAGGAUUCGAAUUAUUAAAUUAUUGUUAUGAAUACGGUAUAACUUUGUAUAUUUAAUUACCUGAUUCGUUAAGUAUAAUUGGGUUGUAUAAUAAUUCAAAUAUCGGGAUUAUUUAUAUUUCGUGUAGCCAUGGUUUUUAAUAAUAUUACAGUGAUAGAACACCGAAAUACUCAUUACAGUAAACCUUUCUAAUAAAUUCUUAUGAAACUUUCAGCUUUUUGUUCCUAAUGAGAAAACCGACAUAUCAUUAGACAAUUUGGCUGCAGAACUUCUUUAUUCAGAAGUUGAAUGAUUCUUUGAGUUGUGUUGAUUUGACGAGAAGAAAUCAAAUGCGCGAAAGGGUUGAGAUAUGACGUGUCUAAUUCUCGAUGAAUCGCAAUGGACAAAAGGAUCAAAUUUGCGGAAACAUGAGCUUAAAUAAUGAGUAAUUGAAUUGUUAAACCGGGAUAUGGAAAUGUGUGACUGAACUUUUGGUUAGAUUUUGGGGGAAAAUUUGAGUUAUUGAAUGCAGUGGUUCUUUUUGGUUUAU